UUUGUCAUCAACUUCCCAGGAAUCAAAAAGCAGCAGCCAGCCAGUCAGCUCGUCUUCACCCCAAAAAAAACUGAAAAAAAUCCAUUAUCUGAACUUUCCAAUUUUUUUCUUUCACAAUAUUUUAACACUUCUCCAAUACGGAAUAACAUACAAAAACUUAAAAAAUCUACCUUAAUCAUGGCAAAAAUGGCAUUUCAACAUCAGGCCGGUACGGCAAUGGAAUGCUUAAGUAUUCCAAUUACAUUGCAUAAGGAAGUCGACUAUGAUCAAGAAGGCCGAGAAAUACUCAAAUGUGGCUUUAAAAUUGGUGGUGGCAUCGAUCAAGAUUAUAAGAAAAGUCCACAAGGCUAUACAGAUUAUGGCAUCUAUGUAACUGAAGUACACGAAGGCAGUCCAGCGGCACGCGCAGGCCUUCGAAUUCAUGAUAAGAUUCUUCAGUGCAAUGGCUAUGACUUUACCAUGGUCACCCACAAAAAGGCUGUUAGUUAUAUUCGCAAGAACCCAGUCCUAAAUAUGCUUGUUGCUCGCAAAGGCGUCACAUCGACGUAAUCACUUUAAACCCUACUUGAAAACAUUCCACUCUUUCGAAAAGACAAGACGAGAAGAAGAAGAAGAAUUACGAUGCUUCGCAUAUCCUCCCAUUCGCAAGUAAUUAAAAAUCAACAAAAUUACUAAACGUAUCUUUAACUAAUAUUUCUCACGCUUUGGCAUAAACUACCUACAAACUUCUUCGUAGACAAAAAUUCGUUUUAUCACAUUUACACAAAAAGGUUGUUACUUAUUUUUCAUUUCCUUGUAUCAAACUCAUUAUGUCUUCUUUUAUUUUGUAUUCCUUAAACUUAAUUUUUACUAACCCAUUUUUUUAUAUAAAUUUUAAUUAAAUAAAAAAACUGCCAAAUUCUCAUAUAACAUAUAACAAUCAAAUUAUGUUUAAGAACAAAAAAUAAUAAAAUAAAAAUAAAAAACAAAAAAAUAUAAUUAUUUUAAGCGUAAACAAAAAAAAAAAAAUAAA